AUGGCAUCGGUGGCCGAGUGGAGGGCGGAGUGGUGUCUGUCGGCGAUGUACUCAAUGAGACCCCACUUAUGCGAUGUCUCACUCGUGACGGACGACAACCAGCGAGUGGUCGCCCAUCGGGUUGUGUUGGCCUCCACUCUGCAGUACUUCAACGCCAUGUUUGUGGGCACUAAUGGCGGACAGUAUGUGGAGAGCGGUCUCUACGAGAUCCACAUCAAGAACAUUGAGGGCCGAGCCCUGCAUGAGAUCGUCAAAUGGUGUUAUACGGGUUCAGUGGCCACCACUGCAGACAAUGUCCAGCAGCUGAUGAGUGCGGCCAAAAUGCUGGACUGCUGUCACAUUGUGGCCAUUUGUGGCCAAUUCAUUGAAUCGCAAUUACAUCCGGAGAACGCGUUGGGAGUGUACGGCUUCGCGGAACUGUUGGGCUGUCACGAGCUCCAGGAGUUCGCUAUCAAUUACAUCUACAAUAACUUCCGACUCAUUGCCACCCAAUCGGAAGAGUUCAUGCAAUUGACGGCCGAACGCGUCUCACAGAUCAUAUCAUCCGAUUUGGUGGACACCGGCGAUGGCGGCGAACAAGUGGUUCUCAACGCACUCAUGGCGUGGAUUCUCUACGACCGCUGCGAUCGCAUGAAGUUCUUGUCGUCACUCAUACAACACAUCCGUUUCCCGCGUUUCAGUCAAGAGAGUCUCGUCCGCAUCGAAGACGAGUAUCCGCUCAUCAAAAGCGACGCCACGUGUAAAGACCUGCUCAUCGAAGCCAUGAAAUACCAUCUUUGUAAGGGUCGGCUCACGACCGCAAUGGUGGCCAACAACGAGCGCUUCCGCGUCCGCACGCCGUUGGGUCGGCCCAAGUGUAUGAUCGUUGUGGGCGGUCAGGCGCCCAAAGCCAUCAGCAGUUGCGAGUACUAUAACUUUGAUACCGACCAGUGGGCAGACCUCGGCUGCAAUUUGCCGAGCAAUCGAUGCCGCGCUGGUCUCGCAGUCCUGAACGGCAUUGUCUAUGCAAUCGGCGGUUUUAAUGGCUCUUUACGGGUGGGAACUGUUGACUAUUUCGAUCCCAAGUCCAAUAUGUGGAACUCCUGCACGUCGAUGGAGGCCCGACGGUCCACACUAGGCGUCGGUGUCCUUCACGACAUGAUUUACGCGGUCGGAGGCUUUGACGGGUCCAUCGGUUUGCAGUCGGCAGAGGUGUUCAAUCCGUUGACCAAAACGUGGCAAUUCAUUUGCCCGAUGUCUACGCGCCGCUCGUCGGUAGGUGUGGCCACUCUGAACGACGGCCUCUACGCUGUGGGCGGUUAUGACGGCGCCAGUCGUCAGUGUCUGUCGUCCGUCGAGUUUUACAAUCCUGUGUCCAACGCGUGGACAUUGAUUACCGAAAUGUCUCAACGCCGUAGCGGUGCGGGCGUUGGCGUACUGGACGGCCGUCUCUAUGCAAUUGGCGGUCACGACGGGCCGGCCGUACGUAAGAGUGUCGAGUGUUACGACCCGAAGACCAACAGUUGGUAUCAGUGCUCUGAUAUGAUUAUAGCGCGCCGUAACGCCGGCGUUGUGGCCAAAGACGGCCUCUUGUAUGUGAUCGGCGGUGACGACGGACAGAGCAAUUUGGCCUCCGUUGAGGUCUAUAAUCCUAAAUUCAAUUCGUGGUCUCUUUUACCGCUGAAUAUGUCGAAAGGCAGGAGUUAUGCGGGCGUUGCCAUCGUCUACAAGAACUGGCGGGUAACGCUCAUCCCGGACGACACGGAGGACAUGUGGCAUCUCUAUAAUCUGAUCCGAGAGGGUGACUAUCUUCGGGCGACAACAUUCCGCAAAGUGACUGUGGAGUCGGCCACCGGAACCACUGCCUCGAAUCGGGUGAAGAUCACGAUCACGAUAUCGGUGGAGACCAUAGAGUACGACACGCAGGGGCUGAUGUUGCGCGUGAAGGGCAAGAACGUGACAGAGAACCAGUACGUGAAGAUGGGUCAGUACCACACGCUGGACAUCGACCAGAACCGCAAGUGUACGCUCACCAAAGCUCACUGGGAUAGCGUGGCGUUGGAACGGCUGGAUCUGGCCUGCGAUCCCACCCAGAGUGCCGACUUGGGCGCAGUGGUCAUGAACGAGGGCAUAGCGCACGUGUGUUUGGUCACCAGUAGUAUGACUUUGGUUAGGGCUAAGCUCGACGUCAACAUUCCUCGUAAGCGCAAAGGCUUUUGCUCUCAACACGAGAAGGCGAUGCAGAAGUUCUUCGACACCGUUAUCGCCGCCAUUGUUCGACACAUGAACUUUGACGUUAUAAAGUGUGUACUAUUGGCGAGUCCGGGCUUUGUUAAGGACCAGUUCUACGACUAUAUGUGUCAACAGGCGGUCAAAAUGGACAUCAAACAGAUCACAGAAAACAAAGCAAAGUUUGUCUUAUGUCACGCGUCCUCUGGUUUCAAACACUCACUCAAAGAAGUAUUGGCGGAUCCGCUCUUACAGUCACGUCUGGCGGACACGAAGGCGGCCUCAGAAGUGAAGGCUUUGCAAUCUUUCUACACAAUGCUUCAAACAGAACCCGCGAAAGCGUUUUACGGCAUAAAUCACGUCGAAAAGGCCAAUGAAUGUCAAGCCAUUGAUUUGCUACUCAUCUCCGAUAAGCUGUUCCGGAGCCCAAAGCCUGACGACCGGAGGCGUUAUGUGCGGUUAGUGGACAGCGUCCGCGAGAACGGCGGCGAAGUGAGACUCUUCUCCAGUUUACACGUUUCGGGCGAACAAUUGGAUCAAUUGACAGGAGUGGCCGCUAUUCUACGCUUUCCGAUGCAGGACUUGGAAGACGAACCCUACGAAGACGAUGACAGUUCCAGUGAUUGACCACUGAUUCAGAUGAGAGAUUACACGCCUCGACAGUCCAAACGAUUAAAUUAAUUAAACAGUUAUUUUCUAAUUAUUAAACAAAAUUAACUUAUUUUCCGAGAAUUAAAUAAAUUAACGCUAAUUAAGAUAAUAUUUAUUCCAAAAAAAUAUAUACAAUAAAAACCAAAUAUAAUUUCAAAAAACAGACAAACAAUUAAAA